AUGUGGUGUGUAGGGUCUGCCUGCACAGAUCAUGCAAGGCCUUUUGCGUGGCUCUGCAAAGGUUGUUUAAAUUCAUUCCACAGCAAAUGUUAUUGUUGAACCUUAAACAUAUCUUGUGGGUUAAUAUUUAACUGCAGACGCUUGCAAAGGACGAUGCCACAGCAAUGAGACAACCUUCAAGUGAAGCAGCUUCAUCCACGGGAACAUCACAACAUCAAGAUGAGCCAGCAGGUCUCUCUGAAGCGACAAUAGACAUGGACAUCUCUGAGGGCUUGUCAGAUCUGCUAGCGGAGGGUGCUGCAACAUCUGAUAGCUCGUACUUCACUGAUUCAGACAUUGCUGAUGAGCCUUGCGAAAUCCAACAUGUCCAGUCUCCCCGUCCAAGGCCUACCAGCAGGCUCAAGGGUGACGCUUCUGCAGCGCUACCUAUGCACAACUACGCGACACCUCGAACAGCAAGGCAUAUUAUGGUAAGGAUAAUACUCGACCACUACAAUUUUUACAUUCUUGUUUCCUUAGGUAACUUCAAGUGAAGUAGCAUAUAUUUUCACGGCAUAAUAUAUAAAUGUCACUCAAUGAAGCAUAAUAAAUGUCACUCAGUGAACUGCACGUGGACACUAACAUUUAUGAUCAGGGCUAUCAUGUAAUUAAAAGCUAAAACAUCUUCAUAUUUGGCCACAGCGGUAUGAGUUUCCUCAGGGUUUGCAAUUGGCGACGAAUAAUCUGCUUUCAAUUUCUCGUUUCCAUUCAAAUGACACAAUAAACAAGAAGACCAACAGGUUUUUCCCAAUUUUCUAUGCUCUUUAUUUGUUCGAUCACUCAUGAUGAGCCGUGACACAGGCAGACAAAACUGGUCUUUUGUGUAGGAGUAUGAGCUCAGUAUAUUUUGCCCAUUCAAACUAAAAGGCUGCUUUGAAGCAUCCCGUGUUGAAAUAUGCUACAUUGGCCUUUUCUGUGUUAGUUGCUCCGUACUUUUACCUUUCCUGCCUGGGCCCAGAUGGGCCUGCAGUAUUUUGCAAAUAAAUAAAUAAACAAACAAAAUUAGGUAGCACUAGCAAGCUCGUGUGGAUGGCAGUUUUAUGCCCUCAAAUUUUUAAGUUCAUAAAAGUGUAAACGGAAACC